GCAGCAGUAUUACGAAUGAAACCAGACAGCUCUUCGUCAGUGCUCAACUCACGCAGCAGACCUCGACAACACCACAGUGGUGGGAUGGUGACUCCUGACUGGCCUGCUUUCUCCAGUCACCCCCUGUCAGCCCUGAGUCUGCUCAGCUCUCAGGAGGACUACCGGAGUGAAGAAAGUGAAGAGUUUGGACCUGUUUUUGUCCGGGAGCCAGAUGAUGUUGUUUUUCCUUUGGAUUCUGAUGAAAAGAAAGUGGUGAUGCACUGUGAAGCACGGGGGAAUCCACCACCCACAUACAGCUGGUACAUCAAUGGAACAGAAGUGGAUGCAGAGGCAGAUUACCGCUACAGCUUCAUUGAUGGAAACUUCAUUAUUACAAAUGCGAGUGAGAUCACUGACUAUGGGAAGUACCAGUGUAAAGCAGACAACAGCUUUGGGACCAUCUUAAGUCGAGACGCUCUAUUACAGUUUGCAUAUCUCGGUGCUUUCAGUGGGAAGACCAGAGGUGGGGUUUCUGUGCGUGAAGGCCAAGGUGUGGUUCUCAUGUGUACCCCUCCUCCUCAUUCACCAGAGAUUAUCUACAGCUGGGUGUUUAAUGAGUUCCCCUCAUUUGUUGCCGAGGACAGUCGGCGCUUCAUCUCCCAGGACACAGGAAACCUGUACAUCUCCAAGGUGCAACCCUCUGACGUAGGAAGCUACAUCUGUCUGGUGAAGAACACAGUGACAAAUGCAAGGGUUCUGAGUCCUCCAACACCUCUAACACUGAAAACUGAUGGUGUCAUGGGUGAAUAUGAGCCCAAAAUUGAAGUGCAUUUCCCUACAUCUGUUCUGGCUGCCAAAGGAGUCACUGUCAGGCUGGAGUGCUUUGCUCUGGGGAAUCCAGUGCCGACAAUCACAUGGAGGAAGAUAAAUGGCAACAUCCCCAAGAAAGCAAGGCUUCGGAAGUCCCAGGCUGUGCUGGAGAUUCCCAGCAUUCAGCUGGAGGACUCGGGCAUGUAUGAGUGCAAAGCUGAGAAUCCAAGAGGAGGCACCGCUUUCAAAGGACAUCUACAGGUCUACACCUUUCCUCAGUGGGUCAGAAUGAUUAAUGAUACUCAGAUGGAUAGUGGAGAGAAGCUCCAAUGGGAGUGCAAGGCCACAGGGAGACCCCGGCCCACCUAUCGCUGGCUUCGUAAUGGUUUGCCCUUGACAUCCCAGGGUCAAGUUGAAAUUGUGAAUGGAGAUAUGACCAUUCACAAAGUGCAGCAGGCGGACUCAGGAAUGUACCAGUGUGUCGCAGAAAAUAAGUAUGGGGCCAUCUACUCCAAUGCUGAGCUGAAGAUUUUAGCAUCGGCACCUGUUUUUGUCCCCAAUCCCAUCCGGGUCAUCGCCACGCUUGGAAAAGACGUAUCAAUCGAAUGCAAACCCAGAGCGUCGCCCAAACCACGGAUAACAUGGAAGAGAGGAGACAGAAGGAUACAGCCAAAUAAAAGGAUUAUGUUGUUACGGAACAACACCCUGAGAAUUGUUAACUCCAGCCGAGCGGAUGAGGGGAGCUAUGUGUGUCGGGCAGAGAAUCAGUUGGGCUCAGCAGAGAUGACUGCCAUACUGUGGGUAAAAGAGGCCAUGCGUGUGGAGCUUAGCCCAAUCAGAGUGGAGGUGACAGUGGGGGAGAGCGUGGUGCUGAGCUGCAAGGCAACACAUGACUCGUCGCUGGAUGUGGCUUUUCAAUGGUUUUUCAACCAGAGACCAAUCAACUUUCAGCAGGAUGGCGGCCACUUUGAAUACAUCCAAACACAGUCUUCAACAGUGGAUCUGAUGAUUAGGAGCAUUUUGUUGAAGCAUGCUGGGAAGUACGGAUGUCGGGCCCAGACCAGUGCUGACACUGUAUUUGCAGAGGCUGAACUUCUUGUGCGAGGUCCUCCUGGACCCCCUGGAGUGGUGAUAGUGGAGGAGAUCACAGAUACCACAGCCACCCUGUCCUGGACUCGUGGCCUAGACAACCACAGCCCUAUCAGCACCUAUAAUUUACAGGCCCGCAGCCCAUUUUCAUUAGGCUGGCAAACUGUCAAAACAGACCCAGACCCAGUGACAGGGGACAUGGAGUCAGCCAUUGCUGUGGAGCUCAACCCCUGGGUGGAAUAUGAGUUCAGGGUGGUGGCCAGCAAUGCAAUUGGGACUGGAGAUCCCAGUGCACCUUCAAGAGGAGUAAGGACUAAAGAAGCAGUCCCAUCAGUGGCACCCGCAAAUGUUAGUGGAGGGAAUGGCCGCAGGCAUGAACUGGUCAUCUCAUGGGAGCCUGUAUCGGAGGAGUUCCAAAAUGGUGAGGGCUUCGGGUAUAUUGUUGCAUUUCGUGCCAACGGGACCCGAGGCUGGAAGGAGAAGAUGGUGACUUCUGCUGAUUCUACGACAUACAAAUACAGAGAUGAGACCUUCCCUCCCCUUACCCCCUUUGAAGUGAAGGUGGGAGUGUACAACAAUAAGGGAGAUGGGCCGUUCAGCAGGGUUGUCAUCAUCCACUCUGCUGAAGGCGAACCAAGGGAAGCUCCGUCUGAUGUGAAAGCUCACAGCAUUUCUUCAUCAGAAAUUAGGGUCACUUGGAAACCGCCCAACCCUGGUCCCGGAAGACCAAGAGGAUAUGAGGUCAGCUACUGGAAAGACAUGGAGCAGGAAGAGUCAGGAAAAAAACAAAGAACUGUGAAAAAUGAAACGUCCAUGGUCCUGACAGGACUAGAGGGCAACAGUCUGUAUCUCAUCACAGUUAAGGGCUUCAACAGCAUCGGCCAGGGUCCUGCUAGUGCUGCUGUCACAGCCAAGACCAGAAAAGCCCCCCCCGCUCAACCUCCAGCCAACCUCAUGUGGAUUCAAGAGGGCAACAACGUGUCUUUAAGCUGGGACCCAGUGAAGGCAAAAGACAAUGAAUCUGAUGUCAUCGGGUACAUGGUGUUACUCAAACAGGAGGGCAGGGGCCACAACCAGGUGACAAGAACCAUCAACCCUUCCACCAUGCUCUCACUGCCAGAGGGAGGCACCUACAUCAUUGAGGUGCGUGCCCUCAGCGAAGGGGGAGAGGGAGCGGUCAGCUCCCAAGUUCGAGUUGUCACCUCCUCCGGUGUUCGAGCAAAAAGCAACCAGUGCUCAGUGCACUGUCUGCCACCCAGCCUAACAUGGACAGCACUGCUCCUGGUUCUUCUGGUGCCUUCAGCUUCCUGCUCCCUGGACUCUCCAUUACACAGUCAGAGUAACCUGGCUCACCCGCUCAGGUUCAGACAAGGCUACCAGCUCAACCACUAG